GCGAUAAGUGCGAGGGACGCAAACUCCGUGAAAUUUUCACGGCGAGCGUAGCUCGAGGUGGAUGUAGAGAAUCAUAAGCACUCUGUCAUUCAUUCAUCACCCUCAUCACCAUCGUAUCACCGUCAUCCAAGGUUACAUCGGCAAACAUUUGUUUUGUCUCUCCGUCCGUGCGACAUCAAGUAUAAUACGCCAUAAAACGGAGACCUCUGGGAUUGCCGGCAAAGAUGGCGGACCAGGAACAAGAGGAACUUGACUACUACAUCAUGUUCCCAUCCUUCCCGGCCGCCACGACUAACCCCACAAAUGUAACCGACACAGACAAAUCGGAAUCAGCCGGAGUUCGGGAACGAGAUGACUUUGUCUUUGUUUACGAAGAGGACAAACGACCGGUGGUCGUCCUGCUCGGAUGGGCCGGCUGUCAGGACAAGUAUCUUGCCAAGUACAGCGCGAUUUACGAGGAAAAAAGCUGUAUCACGCUACGUUACACAGCCCCGGUCGAGUGUCUCUUCUGGCGAUGGGACAGGAUGCCGAACAUCGGCAAGCGUCUCGUUCAAGUAAUUUCUGACCGGAGCCUCGACGAGCAUCCGAUAUUUUUCCACGUAUUCAGCAAUGGCGGUGCAUUUCUCUAUCAGCACGUUAGUCUGGCUAUGCAGCAGGCUGGCACUCCCAUUAAGGUUAAGGGAGUCAUAUUCGACAGCGCCCCUGGCGAGAGACGGGUGACGGCUUUGUUCAAGGCAAUUAGCGCUAUUAUAGGUGGACAUCCGAUGUCCAACAUUCCGAUGUCGUUUUUCUUCACUGUCUUCCUGUCGAUGUUAUGGCUGUACGAGGUGAUUGCACAAGCAUGGGGGAAAGAAUAUCGCAUAGAGACGAACCCCAUCGCGCUGGCCGAGGAAGUUUAUUCCUGGCCACAACUGUUUCUCUACUCGAAUGCUGAUACGUUGAUACCUGCAAUGGACGUUGAAAAAUUUGCGAGUCGACGCGCGGAGAGGGGGGUUCGAGUGCAACUCGUUCUGUUCACUGAUUCGCCCCACGUGAAGCACUACGCCAUGUAUCGUGAUGUUUACGUAAACACGGUGUGUACAUUCAUGCACGAGUGUUUGACGACCCAAAGCGAAGAGACUGGCGGCAAUCAAACUGGAAAUUAUAGCCCGCUGUCGUCAAAGUCGAAACUUUUGGGCGAGGACACGUCGAUUUAUUACGAAAAUCCACCGGGACUCACGAAGAGAGUCGUUCUACUCAACGAGGCCUCCAAACCAUUCAAUUAAGUAUGUUAAUAUAGACUUGACAAAAUACGCGAAAAGAAAAAGAAAAUUAUGAAGAAAAGAAUGACUUUUAGGCUAGAGAGAUAUAGAAUUGCGAUUAUUUUCCGUAUCGACGAACGAGAAAGCAAAAACAAAGGACAAGAAAAUCGAACAUAACCUCAAAAUUCGGCGAGCGAACAAAAUCCGACUAUGAAGAUACCGCGUACAGCAACGUCGAGUAAGCGAAACGACUCGCAAUUGAUUACACCUCAGAUUUGUAUACGCGAACGAACGAAAUUCCAUAAUUUUGGGGAACUUUGAGAUAACAGGAGUUACGUAGAUAGAAAUAAAUGAAUGAACGCUCGUUGCCACUGAGCGGGCCGAGUUGACUCGUGGAAAAGUACAUUUUCUUUUUGCGUUGGCUGAUUCUACUUACGAUGUAAAAAAAUUAUUUUUUUGUUCAUUUAAAAAAACAGGUUUAAAUGGUGCUUAGAAAAUCAGCCACGCGACUUAGCACAAUAUUCCAAAUCGCACGAUUUUUUUCACAACAUUCCAAAACAAAUGAAACGAGUUUAAAUAUAGUAAAGCUCAGAACGAAAGUAUGAGAUUUACCGAAAAUAACAACACGAAAACGCACACAGCCGUACGGAGAAUUUUCAAAUUUUGUUUCGAGCGAGUAUUUUUUAUCGGACGGAUGACGUUGGUCAAAAAAUUUCAGCUCGUCUUGUCGCCAACGUGUAAAGCUUAAUAAUAACAACAAUAAUAAUAGAGUCCAUGAAAGCAAAGUAAUCGAGCUGGCCUCGAUCGAAACUUUGGGUAUUAUAGAUUUUUAUUAAUUUUACAAAAACUGUUGAACAUCGAUGCUACUACAGAGUGUCCCAUUCGGAGGAGCAGUCUCUCUUUUUGACAUUGGAUCUAACCUCCUAAUUUAGAUUUUUACAGAAUUUCCCACGCAAAAGUUCAAGGUGGCCUUCGACUUGGACACCCUGUAUAUAAGAAUUCUUAUAUGUGUGUGUAUAACGAAUAUCAACAUGAAUAUAUACGUUAUCUCGUCUGUUUCUCGUUCAUCGAUAGCGGUAAAAAAAAUCUGUAACAAAUAUAUAUUUUGAUCUGUCGAAUAUUAUAGUUACGAAUAAAUAAGACUGAUAAACGCC